AUGCACACAAGAUCACAGGGUACACCACCGUUUGGAUUACUCUGUUAUCAAAGAAAGAGAGGGCCGAGAGGUUCAGAGAUUGAGAUUUAUCCGGACUAUCAGAGUCCAGUUAGAAGUAACCCACUCUUCGAGUCAAGUUCAGAAAGUAGUUGUGGGACAGAGUCGGACACCGAAUCAAUGGCUGACAACAAUAAUAAUCCACCACCCAUGGGAAGGUUUGGCGACAUCCUUAGAUCGGGAGUUGAUCACCCGGGGGAGUUUGCCUAUGCACAUGACAAUGUCAACAUCCCACCUCACUAUAUUAGUUUGGUUAAUGGUGGAAAUCUUUUCCAUGGUCGAGAUGAAGAAGAUCCGAUGAGUCAUUUGAAUGCCUUUUAUGAAUUGACGAACUCUCAUAGACCGCCAAAUGUGGAGCAUCAUCGAAUCAAGAGAGCUUUAUUUCCUUUCUCAUUGAGAGAGAAAGCAAGGGAAUGGUAUGACUCACUACUAGGCUACAACAUUGCAACUUUUGAAGAGUUGAAGUCGAAGUUUCUCUUAGAGUACAAUUCUCCAAUGAAGAUAGAAAAGUUGAGAGAGGAGAUCACUUCAUUCCGACAAAAGUAUGAUGAGUCAUUUGCCGAAGCUUGGAAGAGAUUUACAGACUUGCUAAGGAAAUGCCCAAGUCAUGGACUAGCUCCGGGGCAUGAUCUUUUGAAGUUCUACAAGGGACUUAAUCAUGAAGGCACAGGGUUGGUUACUGCAGGUUCGAGUGGGAACUUGGACGAUUUGACCCAUGAUGAAGUAAGAGCGCUAUUUCAAAUAUUAGCGAACAAUCAGAGGAAUUGGCAUAAUCCAAGGAAGGUGGCCGCGGGAGAUACAUUUGGUGCUACUAAGGAGUCGGAAAGAGUGUUAGCUAUAGAAGCUCAAAUGGCUGACUUUAGUACUCAAAUUUCGUUGAUGACGAAUGCCGUCAAAUCUAUGCAGUUGACUCCUCAAUCCCAAGCCACGCCUGUGAUGAAGUGUGGAGUGUGCCAAGGAGGACAUUAUACAGAUCAAUGUCCUAGUUUGCAAGGAGCACCUGUGGAAGAUGUGAAUUAUAUUGGGGAUAAUCGUCAAGGCUACAAUCAAGGGCCACAAUACAAUCAGCAGAAUUGGAGACCUCAGCAACCAAAUUGGAAUCAAGCUGGUCUUAGCAACACUGCGGGUAAUCAAUGGAGGAGUAAUGCCCAACCCUCGGGGUAUGAGAAGAAGCCAUCAAGUGAUGAUCAAGUUGCGCAGAUAUACUCCUUCAUGACUAAGAGCCAAAAGGAGAAUGAUCAAUUCAAGGAAAACGUUAAUGAGAAGUUUGGCCACAUUGAUGCCACAAUGAAGAACUUGGAGAUGAUGAUAGGCCAACUUGCAACGGUUGUGCAAACCAGACCCCAAGGAACUAUUCCAAGCACCACGAUAACGAACCCAAAGGUUAAUGAGCAAUGCAAAGCAGUCACAUUGAGAAGUGGGAAAGAGCUAGAGAGACUUGGAGAGAAAGUGGUACAUAGUGGCCCAAACAUCUUGCACGCAGGGGCGGACAAGUUGUUAGGCUCGCAAACCUCGCACGCAGGGGCGGACGAGGGGAGUGAGUGGGCCACUACAGAUGCUAGAGAUGGUCUACAAGAUAAAGAAGAUGCAAGUCGGCGUGAUACAAAGAAGAAGUCGUUGAGUCCGGCAAUGGAUCCGAAGAGUCCAUUUAAUUUUCCAGAUUUUAUACCGCCGCCUCCUUUCCCAAUCGAGAAGAAGAGAAAGAAAAUAAUUCAAGAGAAGGGACUCGAUUGGAUGAUGAAUAUUAUUAGGAAAGUUAAUGUAGAUGUGUCCUUGGUGGAUUUGUUCCUACAUUUUCCUAAAUUCUCCAAGUUUUUCAAGGACCUUAUUGCGAAAAAUGAGAAGAUACAAGAUGAUGGUGUGGUGAUAUUGAGUGCAUUUUGCUCACAGUUUGUGAAGGGAAAGAUGCCGGCUAAGAGAAGAGACCCCGAAAGUUGUGUGAUCCCAUGUGAGAUGGGAGAUAAGAAAUUUUCAAAGUGCCUACUUGAUCAAGGCUCGGGAAUAUCAUUGAUGGCUUUGAAAACUGCAAGGUCCAUCGGUCUUGAAGCAAGGAUUGAACCAAUCGACAUUGACCUUCGGUUGGCGGAUCAUUCAAUUGUUAAGUCUAAAGGAAUCAUCGAGGAUGUCUUGGUGAAGGUGGACAAAUUUAUACUCCCGGUUGACUUCAUUGUCAUAGAGAUGGAAGAGGACAAGGACAUGCCUAUUCUCUUUGGUAGGCCAUUUUUAGCAACCGGCGAUGUUGUAAUUGAGACCAAGACAAAUACGGUCAUGUUUCGAGUUGAUGGAGAGAAUGUUGUGAUAGAGCAGGAGAAGGCGAAGAGACACCAAUUGGAGUUUGGAUAG